GUACUAAACGUCUUUUUCGCAAAUCAAUCAAAAUCAGCUUUCUGUUCCGUCAGUGCUCCGGUCUACAAUUUCAGUAGAUUUUUUUAACAUUUCGCAUAUAAAUCCAAUAUGUUUUAGUAAAAGUUUAAUUGUGAAAAAUAUUACCAUUCCGAAAAUUUAAAACUCUAUCCUCCAUAGAUCCGAAAAUCUACAACCAUGAGUCAAGCACAAGCACAAGUCGCCCAACCACCAGCAAAGUUUUCAUUACUACCAAAGAUAAUAAAUGGCGGGAUUGCCGGUAUCGUUGGCGUGUCGGUGGUGUUCCCGCUGGACCUGGUCAAGACCCGGCUUCAGAACCAAACGGUCGGCCCGAAGGGAGAGAAACAGUACAAAAGCAUGUUGGACUGCUUCAAGAAGACGUACGCGGCGGAGGGCUACUUCGGCAUGUACCGCGGUUCCGCCGUCAAUAUAAUUCUCAUCACGCCAGAGAAGGCCAUCAAGCUCGCCGCUAACGACAUGUUCCGACACUAUCUCACGUUACCUGAUGGAUCGUUGCCAGUUUUACGCCAAAUGGUAGCGGGUGGUCUAGCAGGCGCGUGCCAGAUCGUCAUCACGACUCCCAUGGAGCUUCUCAAAAUACAGAUGCAGGACGCUGGACGUGUCGCCGCGCAGGCUAAAGCGGAGGGACGCACAAUCCAGCGCAUCACAGCACUAGAACUCACCAAGAAGCUGCUGAGGGAGCGAGGUAUCUUCGGGCUGUACAAGGGCGUGACGGCGACGGCGGCGCGCGACGUGUCCUUCAGCGUGGUGUACUUCCCGCUGUUCGCCACGCUCAACGACCUCGGGCCCAAGGAGCCUAGUGGACACACACCUUUCUGGUGGUCGUUCGUGUCUGGCUGCGCGGCCGGUUCUACGGCAGCGCUGGCCGUCAACCCCAUGGACGUGGUGAAGACGCGCAUGCAGACUCUCACCAAGGGCACCGGCGAGCGACAGUACUCCUCCAUCAUGGACUGUGUCGCGAAAACAAUGAAGUACGAAGGCCCGACGGCGUUCUUCAAAGGCGGCGCAUGCCGUAUGAUAGUCAUCGCCCCGCUCUUUGGUAUCGCCCAGGCGGUCUACUACAUCGGCAUAGCGGAGUACAUGCUUGGCUACAAGUAAACUAACAUUCAACUAAAUAAAUAUUUUGAGUUCCUCACAAACUCCAAAAGUUGGAACACCAUGUACAUGGUGUUUAUGAACUAGUUUUUGAUCAACAAUUAAAUGUAUAUACUGAAGUAAUAGAUAUCAAUCAAACAGAAAGACAGAUUUAAGACAUAGUCGAAAUUAUUUUGUGAUUAAUUGAAUAUCUUUGUUUUUAAGUUUAAAGUUGUUUGCGCUGAAGUCUCAUGACAAACCUCUUAUAAUUUUAAAUUGUCUAUGGUAAUGGUCGAUAUGUGCUCUUAUAAAUUAUCUCCGAAACAAUGAGGGGUUAAUCCAUUGAAUUUGUUAUAUGGUACAACCCAUUGUGCUUUCGAUAGAGAUGUGAAGGGCAUAACUAUUCCAUAUCGAUAAAAAAUAGUAUGUGCGCAUAAGAUGUCGUUAAUUUCAAUUCAUUUUGCUGUCUAUAAAAAACAGUUUACACACAAUAGAAGUAAAUGGUUGUAAGCUAAAAAAGAAAUUUAGGUGGCAAAAACAAUUUGAAAGAAAAUUUGCUAUUCUAAAUGUAAUUUUUAAAUUUUAGUUCAGGUACAAAAUUGAUAAAGGUCGACUUGAUUGAUAAAGAUUAGCUGGGUGCAGGCCAUUUCAAACAGGUCAAUCUGAAAAGCUUUAUUGUAGCCUGUAUUCAGCAAAGAAUAUCUUGAGGCCGAUGGUAAUAACGAAUAAAAUUUCGAAUUACACCGUUUUUUAAUAUUGUGAAUAAGAUUAUUUUCCGGUAUUUUAAUGACAUCCUGCGCGUGCGAUAUAAUUAGGCAGAUGACAUUAAUUAAUUUAGCAUGUAAGACGUGCAUUUCUAUUGUCACUGGAUUCGUUUAUUUUGUAACCUUUUGAAGCGUUACGGAGCUCAAGUUUAUAAUUAAUUAUUUCUAGUUUCAUUUUUAGUAAAUGUUAAAGUGAUAUUAUUACUAAUUUAUUUUUUUGUUGAAAUUGUUGCCAUAUGUUUUUUUUUUAUUUUAGUAUCAUGUUUGUUGAACACAUUUUUAUACAUACUUUGCGAAUGUGUUUUCACAUAAUGCAUUUAUUGUUAGACGCUGAAUGAAUUGUGUUAUGAAUAAUAUCCUCUUCUGAUGGUAUACUUCAAUUAGCUUUGAUGUGUAAUGCUAAUCAAUUAUAAUAAUGACAAUAAUUACACCUGGUGUGGGUUUAGCUAGGGAUGUAUUCAAUGUUCUAGGAUAAAUGUAUUGAUGUCAAUUCUAGUUCUUCAAAUAAUCUAAAAAAAAAUGAAAUUGUCAAUGGAGAAUUAUUAAACUGUCAAUAAAAACACUAGGAUUUAUUAGUCAGGCUCUGUUUUUUUGAAAAUUAAAUUUGCGUAUGAGUGAAAACCAAAAUUAGUAAAUAUAAAGUCAUGUCCUCCAUAGUUUUAAAGUGUUUCUAUUGGCUCCAAUUUAAAAUUGUUUCGCAAUAUCGAUAUAAAUUGGAUCAAUUUUUAAAUCGUAAUCUCUAUGAAUUGUUUUCUUCAUAAUUAUUUUGAAUUGGUGCCUAGAAACGUGUAUAUCAUAAAAACAGUGCCAAUCAUUUGAAAUACUGUUAUAUUAACUCAUUUUGAGCAUGUCUCCUUUGUUUUUUACAAAAAGACAAAGUUUUGUGUAUCAUGCAUAUUUGUCUAUAUUUUGUAAUUAUAGCUUCGCUAGUUUACAUGAAAUACUUUGUGAAGCAAUUUGUGCUGUGAUUUUAUUAUAUUUACUACCUGUGUAUCGGGCCUUUAAGGCACUUUUUUUUAGCAAUUAAUUAUGAACAUUUUCAAAUACAAUACAUCUAUAAUCUUACUUAAAAAUCUGUUUUUCUAUUACUUAUUUCAAUAAUGAAGCCAAUUUUAUUAAGGACAAAUGGUUAAGGAAUUUUGAACUUUAGGUAUGGGUAAUUCGUUUUUUUCCACUUACUGAACUCAUCUUUAAAACCUAAUUAUGUUAUGGCCCGAUGCCGUUAUUAUGAAUUGCUUAUUAAUUCAAUGUAUUUUAACUCACAGUAAUUGCUGCUGAUAUUUUUUAAUCGUAAAUGUUCUAAACUAGCCACACGGAAUCUGAAGACAACUUGUCUGAAUUAGUAGUGGACAUAAUGUUGAAAAAAAUUAAAUGUAUGUUAGCUAAUGGAUAAUAUGGUUUAACUCUUUCACGCAUUUCACUCAAACGUUACGUCUUUUAAUUGCGAUGGACUUUCUAUUAGAAAAAUGACCGGAAAAUUAUUGCCAGUGAUUCCUUUUGCAUGGUCAUUUUGAUAUAGAUUGACGAAAAGUACAAUAUAAAGCGAACUAAUUUUUAAACUGCGUGAAAGGGUUAAAUAUUAUAGAAAAAAUGUAUGUGUGUUAUAUGUCUAUAAAUUGUUAUGCGAAUAGAUAUCUCAUUCAGCUUCGAUGGACUUGUUGUGUAGCGCUAUGUUUAUAAGCACAAUUCAUCCACAAAAAUGUGUCGCUUGCACUUACCGUCCCCAUUUGAUGACAAUAACAUAUCGUUGUAAUAUAUAUUGUUUUUUUUUUGUGUGUCAAUUACGAUGGAUAUGCACUUCUAAUAGUAUUCUUAAUCAAUGUUGGUAUUGUAUAUGAAAUAUUGCGGCUAGAAUCUUAAUAAAUUAUCGGUGCAUUGCUGUAUUUGUCAUACCAUGCCUUUUAUUCAAUGAAGGGAAAUUGUUACAUGUUGCAUACUAUUAACACGCUUUAUUAUAGUUUUAGAUAUCUACUAAAAUCUUAGACACAAUAAAACAUUUACCGUGUA